AUGGAUCGUCACAUUUCACUGUGCAGGAAAAUUGAUAAAGUUUCAAAAAAGACCUACGGAAACCCAACAGACCCUUCCCCAAAAGAAUGUGCUCCUACAGAAGAAGUAAUUGCUUUAUCCCCUCGAGGAGAAGUCUUAUGCAAAAAUCUUUCAGAUAAAUACCGAAAUCGCCGAAAAAAGUUACCAUUAAUUCUAAAAAACGCUUUACAAUACCUAUACCCUGCAAAUAAAAUCACAGAAAGGCCUCCAAGAUCUAAAUAUGACAGAAGCGUUAGAGACCUGUCUUUUGAUUUUCAUCACAAACGAGAAAACUCAGAACUAUUCCAAUCCUAUGAAUUUAAAGUAAGAAAAGAUCAAGCAUUUAGUAGAAGAAAUAGCGAUCUCUAUGUAAAUUGCUUUAGAUUUAACGGACAGGUCGAAAGUGAGUUCCUAGGCACAAAAGAUGGAGUUACAGAAAAUAAAAAGCUUUAUGAGCAGAUGCUUAAAGAUUCUGGGCUAUAUGCAGAAAUCAAAAUUAGGUACAGAAAAGGGGAAAUUAAAUACCGAAGAAUGCCAGUUUAA